CGAGCAAACGAACUCAGAGAUCAAGCAGCGGAACGGAGAGAAGGACACCGAGCUUUCUAACACGUAAAUUCUCGCCAGGUUUCUCUCUUUCAAGCCCUCCUGAUGCGACGCACGACGCUGAGGAAUAGGAGUGUUGAUUCAUUCGAGGAUACGAGAGAAAAACGGUGUCGCCAAUACUCGACUUCAAGACCUUUCAUCCCGAAGACAUGGAGCACCGUUUCCUCAUGAGUCUGUGGUGAGACUGGCGCAGCCCUGUCGCGCCCACAGCGCCCCCUGUCGGCCCGGCCGGCCCACCACGCCCCCAUGAGGAGCCACGCCAGCCGCAGCCUGUCCCAACACUCCUCUGGGGGAGGGCCCUGCCACUGCAUGCCCGAGGACGGCGAGUCCAGGGUGGGCAGGGACUACCAUCACCACCACCCCUCUGAACACUACCAAGACCAGUCGUACUACCCCCCUGGAGGGCCCCCGGAGCCCCUGGCCCUGAAGAGGCACCAUGCCCACUCUGGGGGGGGGACCUUUCCGCGCUCUCAUCCCAGCCAGCACCCCCCCCUGCAGGGGUACGACUCAUGCGAGGAGUGCCUGACCACGGUGGUGGGUCCUGGGGGGAAGGUGCACCGGAUCCCCCCCGGCCUGCUGGAACAGUUUGAGAAGCAGCUCCCCUUCCAGCCGGACGGCUUCCACACUCUGCAGUACCAGCGCUCGGCCAGCGGGGAGCAGCGCAGUGAGAGCCCCUCUCGCAUCCGCCACCUUGUCCACUCUGUCCAACGCCUUUUCGCAAAGUCCCAUUCACUGGAGGCGCCGUCGAAGCGGGAGCCCAACGGCACGCGUGGAGGAGGAGGAGAGUACCGGGGUGGGCACCGCAGUGGGGGAGAGGAGGGGGGAGGCCCUGGCCACCAGUCACGCUCCGCCCGGCGAUGCAAGUCCCGUGAGCGCAGCAGGAGUGGAGACUCCCGGCACGAGUCUGGCCGGCGGCACCGCAGCAGGACGGCAGGGUGGUGGAGCUCCGACGACAACCUGGACAGCGACAGCAGCUUCCUGGUUACUGGGGGUCCCAGGGGGGGGCGGGGCUACUUGGCAGGCCACGAGAGCCUGGACUCAGCCAUUCAGGAGUUGACUUUAAAGAAGCCUAGGGGAGAGGGAGGAGGAGGGGGGGGAGGAGGAGGGGGGGGGCAGGGGGCCCUGCCUGCUCCUGCACAGGGGGAGUGCAUGGCAUGCACCAGCAUGAUGCUGGCGGGAGGCGAGGGGGGUGGAGCCUCCCUGAAGAGGAGCACCUGGUCAGCCAUGACGGUCAGCCAAGCUCGGGAGGUGUACCCCCCCGCUAGAGGCGGGGCCCUGGACAAGGCUCUGGUUCCCAUGGACAACAAGAUGAAGGAGAGGAACUUCCACUACCUGCAGGUUCCCUCAGAUGAGUGGGGAGUGUUCCCGGGGGAGAUCCCCUGCAGGAGGAUGAGGAGUGGCAGCUACAUCAAGGCCAUGGGGGAUGAAGACAGCGGGGAGGACAGCCCCCAGGCCUCACCUCAGACCCCAGCCCUCCCCCCGGCCUCCCCCCGGACCUCCGCCCUUGCCCAGAGAGACGCCUUCAGGAGGUCCGUCAGCAUGGACCAGAGGUCCUGCACCCCUAAGUCCUCCUGUCAGCAGUGUACAGACUCCCAGCCAAAGAGCCACGGUCGAUCUCGUAGCUACACUCGCUCUCUCACCAGCUCACAGCUCGGGGCCAGUCUAAGCCGGCAGUUUGAGGUGGUGUGUGAGAGUAUGUUUGGGGGGCCGGAGUCCCCCGCUGUGGAGGCCCUCGACCUACCCGGAUCCUUCCGCACCCGUAGCCAUAGUUACGUCCGCGCCAUCCAGGCCGGCUGUUCCCAAGACGACGACUGCCUGUCUGUCUUCUCAAUGUCGGGUCCUCAGGGAAGCUUAAAGAGCGGAGCUGUUUUCCCCAGCCGAAAGGGUGGCCCCCCUCCCCCCCUCCCCCCGCGCAUGUCCAAGUCCUCCCUCUCUGUGCAUGCUCAGAGCUCCACAGAGUCCACCCAGGAUGCCUACUUCCAGAGCACAGGCCAGCCCCCACCCUCCCAGCCCCCACAGGCCCCCCAGGGCUCGGGGCCCAGACACCCCCGGCAGCACAGCAACUCGGUGGACCUGGGGGGCUCCGAGGGCCCCUCCUCCGGGCGGACGUCCAGGGCCGGAGCGGGUUACUACACAUGUACCGCUCCACGCGGGGGACACGGCCGGCUACACAGCAACUCAGCAGAGAGUCUGGAGGGGGGGUCCAGGGAGCUGGUGCCCUACGCGGGCGGGGGGACCAUGAGGAACAGGCACAGCGGCUCAGCUGACAGCCUGUUGGAGGGGCCGGGGGGCAGGGGGGGCAGGGGGGGAAGGGCUGGUGGCAGCCUGGGGAAGGCGUCCCUCCCCCAGAACAGCGUGGCCCUGUUCAGGUCUGGAGGAGGAGGGGCGGGGCAGGAGGACGGGAGAGGACACAGGUGGAGGCCGUCAAUUGCUGUGCAGGUGGACAGCUCAGAGACCCUGUCAGACUCGGAGGCUGAGGGCCUGAGAGAGGUCCACUCUGUAGGGGUGCAGGUGGAGGACGACAAGAGGAGGGCUCGUUUCCGCCGUUCCAACAGUGUCACGGCGGCCGUGCAGGCAGACCUGGGCCCAGAGGGGGCCUUCCUUCUGGGCCCCCCCCUCCAGGACAGGGGCCUUCAGUUCAGCUGUUCCUUCCAGAGGCACUCCUCUGAGCCAGAGUCGGCCGGCCAGUACGCAGAGUACCAGCGUACAGUGCACACUCAGGGCCAGUGGGCCUACCGAGAGGGAGGCUACUCCCCAGACUCCUGCCCCCCCCUGCACCCCCCCCUGCCCCCGCGUGCCCACUCCCCCCUGCCUCUCCUGUCCUCCCUGGAGGGCCCUGGCAGCGUGCCUGACUCCACCCGUGCCUCGCCCUGCCCCCGUGAGGGAGAGAUCUUCCUGCGCCUGCUGCAGACGGAGGUGGAGAGGAUGGAGGGAUGGUGCCAGAGCAUGGAGCGAGAGGCGGAGGACAACAAGCUGCCAGAGGAAGUUCUGGAGCAGAUCAGGAGUGCCGUGGGCGCUGCCCAGAUGCUCAUGUCUCAGAAAGUCCAGCAGUUCUUCCGCCUGUGCCAACAGAGCGUGGACCCGUCUACAUUCCCGUCCCCAUCCCCCCAGGACCUGGCUGCCUGCUGGGACCUGCUGCAGCUCAGCAUGGACGACGUGUGUCUGCAGUUCCAGGACCUCCAGAGACUGAAGGACUCCGGCUGGAAGCUGCUGCCCGACAAGAAGGAUGACAAUAAGCCACCUCCUCCGUUACCUAAGAAACCGCUGGGUGGGGUGGGAGGCGGCCUGCGUGCGGACAGUGUGGGGGCAGGGCUGCUGGUGCCGAGGGGCGGGGCCGGGGGCGGGGCCAGAAUCCUGCCCUUGAAAGAGAAGUCUCUGGACUUGCCAGAUACACGCAGAAGGCUGCAGACCAAGAGGGCCGCUUCCUUCAGACAGAACUCAGCCACGGAGAGCGCUGACAGUAUCGAGAUCUUCAUCCCAGAGGCCCAGACUAGGCUGUGAACGGACUGGGCCUCUCUCUCUCUGUCUCUCUUUGUCUCUCUGUCUGUCUCUGUCUCUCUCUUAGUCUCUUGCUCUCUGUC